CUGACUAGCUCUAAGUCUGAUGUAACCUCUUUCUCAAUUCCAAGCAAUUUAGAUAUCUCUAUCGGUAUCGCAAGUGUUAAGGACUAUCGUCGAGUGGCAAAGACUUUGUUGCUCUCGUUUGAAGACGAUCCUUUCAUGAACUACAUUCUUAACACUUCGCAGAUUACCAAGGAGAAUACACCAAAGUCGGCCUACAAGAAGAAAAAGUUGGACUUGAUGCAAGCAUACUUCGAGUAUGACGCAUACGAGUGCAUCUCCUUGGGCGGAACUAUCUUCAUUGUCAAGGACAAUUCGUUUGAGGCUACCUUGGAUGACUUAGGCGUCAAGAAGUACAAAUUUCCCUAUCUUGGUGUUGCUCUCUGGAAUCAGAUCUACGGUGCUGACUGCAGCUCGUCCGGUUCUGAUUCCGAUGACGACAGUGGGGAGAUCUUUGCUUCGAGCAACUUAAGAUUCUUCGAUAACAUCCACCCUUCUUACUUCAAGUUCAAUGUUUAUUCUAUUCUUGGAAAUUGUAGAUCAAAAGUCUUGAAUGAUAAGCUCCCAUUCUUGACCAAAGUGAGAAAGGAGGUGUUAGUUAACAAGUUGAUUAAGAAGCCAGAAUUAAAUAGGAAUGGGCUGAUUGACAUUUGGUAUUUGAAUGAUAUUGCCACUUUGCCAUCAAUGAGAGGUAAGGGUUUGGGUAAGAUCUUGAUCCAUCACAGCUUGGAGGAGUUCAAGAAGCAAAACCCUUACACCUACGCCUAUUUGGAAAGUUCUAAUCCAAACAAUCGUAAGUUCUACUUGAAGUUAGGCUACAAGGUGAUGACAAGCUUUUCUAUCAAGUAUAACAAGAUUGUUGACAGCGACAAAAUUGCGGAGAUUGAUCCCAAGAAUGAAGCUAUCAACAUGGAUUCCAUGCUUUUCUUUCCUUAA